CGCCGUGGCCCCCGUCGCAUCGGUCUUGGAGAAGAAGACAAAGAGCAAGGGGCCCUACAUUUGCGCCCUGUGCGCCAAGGAGUUCAAGAACGGCUACAACCUGCGGAGGCACGAAGCCAUCCACACCGGAGCCAAGGCUGGCCGGGUCCCGUCGGGUGCUAUGAAGAUGCCCACCAUGGUGCCCCUGAGCCUCUUGAGCGUGCCCCAGCUGAGCGGGGCCAGCGGGGGAGGGGGAGACGCCGGGGCUGGCGGAGGCACCGCCGCGGUGGCGGCCGGUGGCGUUGUGACCACGACCGCCUCGGGGAAGCGCAUCCGGAAGAAUCACGCCUGCGAGAUGUGCGGCAAGGCCUUCCGCGACGUCUACCACCUGAACCGACAUAAGCUGUCGCACUCGGACGAGAAGCCCUACCAGUGCCCUGUGUGCCAGCAGCGCUUCAAGCGCAAGGACCGCAUGAGUUACCACGUGCGCUCACAUGACGGCGCUGUGCACAAGCCCUACAACUGCUCCCACUGUGGCAAGAGCUUCUCCCGGCCGGAUCACCUCAACAGUCACGUCAGACAAGUGCACUCAACAGAGCGGCCCUUCAAAUGUGAGAAAUGUGAGGCAGCUUUCGCCACGAAGGACCGACUCCGCGCGCACACAGUCCGACACGAGGAGAAGGUGCCAUGUCAUGUGUGUGGCAAGAUGCUGAGCUCGGCUUAUAUUUCGGACCACAUGAAGGUGCACAGCCAGGGCCCUCACCAUGUCUGUGAGCUCUGCAACAAAGGCUUCACCACAGCAGCAUACCUGCGCAUCCACGCAGUGAAGGACCAUGGGCUCCAGGCCCCGCGGGCUGACCGCAUCCUGUGCAAGCUGUGCAGCGUGCACUGCAAGACCCCUGCCCAGCUGGCCGGCCACAUGCAGACCCAUCUUGGGGGGGCCGUCCCUCCUAUCCCGGGAGAUGCCCCCCAGCCACAGCCUACCUGCUGA